AUGGCAGUGGGUAAGGCCAUGCUGAUCUUCGUUUUUACUCUUGCAACCUUGAUACCUAGCCUGUUGGCAGACAUUGGCUUUUUCGACGAUGUGUGGCAAAAACGAGCAGAGGAAGCUAAGAAGAUGACCCUGGACGCCUACGUACCUGACCCAGAAGGAGCAACCGAUGAGUUCAACGCCGAAGUUAACAAAUACCCUCUUUCAAAUAAUAGCAGCGUUGUGGAAGCUUUUGCUAACAGAAACAUCACUCAUUUGGACUUUGAUGAUGAGGAGGAUUUUGAACAGUUCGCAAACGGCACUAGAAGGAACCUGAGGCAAGGGAAGAAAAAAUACGUAGGUCCAUGCCAGGCGACCAACCCAAUUGACAGGUGCUGGAGAUGCCGGAAGAACUGGAACAAAAACCGUAAGAGGCUAGCAAAAUGUGCCCUUGGUUUCGGGCGUAGGACUACCGGAGGAAUGGCCGGAAGGAUAUACGUUGUGACGGAUAAUUCGGACGACGACGUUUUGAACCCAAAACCAGGGACAUUGCGCCAUGCUGUGAUCCAAAACGAGCCAUUAUGGAUCAUAUUUUCAAAGAACAUGAACAUUAGGUUGUCGAAAGAGUUGAUUAUGACUAGCAAUAAGACGAUCGAUGGGCGUGGGCACCAUAUACACAUUGCUUAUGGUGCUGGCAUUACAAUACAAUUCAUCCAGAACGUAAUCAUUCAUGGAAUUCGCAUUCAUCACAUUGUUGCUACUAGCGGUGGCAAUAUUAGGGACUCUGUGGACCAUUAUGGGAUCAGGACCAACAGCGAUGGAGAUGGAAUUUCAAUCUUUGGAUCCACCAAUGUUUGGAUCGAUCAUGUUUCGAUGUCUCGCUGCACCGAUGGACUCAUUGACGCAAUUAUGGGAUCCACUGCAAUAACCAUUUCCAAUUCCCAUUUCACCCACCACAAUGAUGUCAUCUUGUUGGGUGCAAGUGAUAGCUACUCAGGCGAUCAGCUCAUGCAAGUCACAGUUGCAUUCAACCAUUUUGGUCAGGGGUUAGUACAGAGAAUGCCAAGAUGCAGAUGGGGUUUCUUCCAUGUUGUUAACAAUGACUACACUCACUGGCGCAUGUAUGCUAUUGGUGGUAGCAAACAUCCUACCAUUAUCAGCCAGGGUAACCGCUUCAUCGCACCACCAGAGCUUGCUCUAAAAGAGGUGACCAAGAGGGACUAUGCAACGAAGGAGGAAUGGAGUAAAUGGACAUGGAGAUCAGAGAAUGAUCUUUUGAUGAAUGGAGCCUUCUUUGUUCAAUCAGGGCAACCUAGAACCAAGAGACCGCACAGGAAGUUCAUGAUCAAAGCCAAACCCGGUUCGCUUGCUACAAGGAUGACACGCUUUGCUGGGGCGCUUGAUUGCAAGCCUGGUAGAAAUUGUUAA